CGACUAAGACUGCGCCAAUGCACAUGACCAUCAUGUGUGGAAUCAAGUAUAGUAGAGUAGAGUGUUCGAGAGCAGCCAGCUGAUUCAGCCUGCAGUUUCUCCAGAGUGACAGCUGGAGCACUGAUGGCGACACAGCUGUUCACGAUUGGCGAUUGACUCACCACAUGAUUACGAUCACGUGUGGGUGAUUCUCGCGAAAUUAGACUUAUGAGGUGUCAUGAAACAUUUUGAUAAUAAAAGUAAAUGCUAUCAAAAUAAGAAGGAUACAGUUAUAAACAUCUCUUCAUCUACUAUUUUGCACAUGAUUUCAAAUUACAUAAUAAAUACCAAUUUAUUAAUUUUUUUCACAUUUAAGGGAAAAUUUCUCAUUACCGCAACGUGUCCAUGACUGGAUUUGGGUUCUUUGAGGUGGAAUAUUUUAUAAUUAAAAAAUAUAAAAAAUAAAAAGCUUCAGUGCAUGUUGUACUAUAAACAUUUACAGUAAAUAAACAUGUGGUAUUUUGUGAUCAUUGGUAAAUGUAAUAAAAAUAAUAAGGAAUAUAAAUGUGUCCAAGACCAAUUUUCUCAUCCUCCGCAACAAUUUUCAAUCAUUGUUUAAGUCCUCAAGGAACUAACAUUUUCAAGGAGUUUUGCUGGAAGGGACAUAAUUGACUGUGACACUCAAGAUGGCUACCAGGUAAGCAGUUCUUAUUUUUUUUCUCCAGAUAAAAGUUAAAAUGUUGCUUGUCAAAGUACCUACACAACUUUUUAGUUCUCAUUACCGAAACAUGAGUUUGUGAAGUUUUAAAAAAUGUUGCCGUUUUAAUUUUUUGAUUGCUAUAUACCCCAUUAUGGUCUAAAUAUAAAAAGAGAGGGAAAGUUUAGCUAACCCUCAUUUAGCUUCAACAGUAAGCAAAAAUGUUUAAGGUCGCUCAUCCUCCGCAACACCAUUAUCAUUCACCGCAACAAUUGAAGGCCUGUUGCGGUAGAGAUACUCAAUGUUUCAGUAAUGAGAAAAAGACUUAUGAAGGAGGAAUGUGCACUAUAACUCUAAGCUAAUAAGCUAAUUUCAAUAUAACUUGAUAUUUGCCUUAACUUCUUGAACAGAUUGCACAAACAAAAUAGCUAUUACAACCCCUCCAGCAGGGCUCACAAAUUUUUCAUUUUUAUGAAGUGCAUCCACAAAAAGGACUGUGAAUGCAGUAUAGGCCACCUACUAUAAAUGUAAUAUUAUUAAAUUUUAUUAUUAAAUUUUUUACUGUAAAACAAUGUAUUUCUAUGUCUUUUUUUAUGAAAUGUUACAUUCAAUCAAGAUGGAUAUUGUAUAUUUUGUUACAGGCAAGCAUCAGUUGAAAAGAAAAGGGCAUCAGCGAAAGAAAGGCUUGCAAAGCAUAGGGAAAAAAUAUAUAGUAAUCCAGUGUUACUUGAGGAGUACAGAAGAAAGGAGAGAGAAAGGUCAGGGAACAGGGCGAUAAUAGGGAGCAUAUAUAACUUGGAUUAAUUGUUUUGACCAACACUUGCACUCAUUCCCACACAGACACAUGUAUGCACACAGAAACAUAAGUACACACACACACACACACACACAAACACACAGUUGCUGACAUGCAAAUGUGAAGGCUGACAUAAUUGUACAGUAUACGCUAUAUUGUAGAUAUACACACUCUCUUUCACACUCAUCACACACAGACAUGUGUGUGCGUGCUUACACUCACACAAGCAUGCACACACACACACACAAACACACACACGCCUACCAUUCAUAAAUGAAAAAUUGUGUGCAUUUGUAUUUAUGUCAGUGCUUACUGCAUUUCACCUUUCAUUAUUUUUUUCUUUUUAAGGUAUCGGAAACGUAAAGAAAAUGGUAAAAUUAAGACUACUCAAGACCUCACAAGUAGACAGCAUGAGAGAAAAAAAAAAUGUGGAAGAAAAAUUCUGCAAAAUAUUACAGAAAAAAAAAGCAAGAGCAAGCACUUCUAGAUCUAUCCCCAGCAUCUUCAUUUUCUGAGACAGAAAAUUCCUUUGGAAAUGAAGAAAAUAACAGACAGGAACAAGACACAAAUAAUGAAAGUCUGAACAGAACACCAGCAAAAGAAAGUUUAGACCUGAAAGGGCCAAUUGAGGCAUCAACCCCACAGAGAACACGGCCAGUCAUUAAAAAAAGAGAGCGGGCAUCAAGGACUGUGGCCAAAUUAAGAGCAAAACUAAGGUAUGUUGAAGAGAAACUUAGGGCAAAGAAAACACAACUGCUGACACUAAACAGAAAAAUUAGAAGGCUGGCGGCUAAUAGAACAAAAAGUGCAAUGCUACCAGCAAAUAUUUCACAGAGGGUCAGUAUCAGAGAGGCUAAAAAGGGACUGAUGAUCAAUAGCAGGCGCAAACAACUUGACAAGAUUGUGAGCAUGUUCCUACAUCGGGAUGAUGUCUCAACUAUCAUAAAUGGCAAGUCUGGAGAGAUUCGUCGCAAGGGACAAAUUUAUAGAAAAAGAGCACUCACAGACACCAUGGCAAAACUCCAUCAACGCUUCCUUGUUGAACAUCCUGAGCAAACAGUGUCCAAAGCUCAGUUCUUUAGAUUGAGGCCAUUUUGGAUUAUUAGGCCUAAAGUUAAAGACAGAGAGACGUGUGCAUGUAAAAUGCACGAGAACAUUGGCUUUAAAUUAAAAAGAAUGCAACAACUGGGUAUCAUUGAAACAUCAAGCCCAGAGGAUCUUGUGCAGUCCAGUGUGUGUGACACUGGCAACAUGUCCUGCAUGUACGGCAGAUGUCAAAAAUGCAUUGAAAAGACCUUUCCCACAUCCUUAGAUCCUCUCACUCAGGGGAACACGGUCAUCUGGCAAGAGUGGGUCACAAGGUCUGUCACUGUAACAAAGACCCUCAAGGAUGGAUCUACAGAAGAAAGGCAGACAAAGAAAACGGUCCUCGAAAAACGUACCUCAUCCAUUGAGCGGUUGCUGGCCCUAACAACAGAACACCUUCCAGGUUUUGCCAUUCACAUGUUUAAUGUCAAGAACCAAUAUUUGUCAUUGAAAGCAAUGAAAGAUACCCUGACAGAUGAUGCUGUUGCUGUGCAUGUAGAUUACAGCGAAAAUUACAGCUGCAAAUAUGCCAAAGAAAUCAAGGACACCCAUUUUGGAACUGGGAAUGAUCAGGUAACCCUCCACACCGGGGUACUCUAUCUCAGUAGGGGCAGAGUGGAAGCCUUUGCAUCCCUCUCAUCAUCUCUACAGCACGAUGCAGUGGCAACCUGGGCUCAUCUUGACCCAGUGCUGAGAUACAUACGAGGAAAGUAUCCUGAAGUCCACAACCUACAUUUCAUUUCAGAUGGCCCAACUUCCCAGUAUAGAAACAAAACAUCUUUCUAUCUAGCCUCCACUGUGCCCUUUAUGCAUGGAUUUGAAUGGGUGACCUGGAACUAUACUGAGGCAUCACAUGGCAAAGGUGCACCAGAUGGAGUUGGUGGGGCCUUGAAGAAUCUUGCGGACAGAAUUGUUUCUUAUGGGACCAGUAUUCCUGAUGCAGACUCUCUGUAUGAGCAGCUGAAGAACAAUUCAUCAGUGACUCUGUACAAAGUAUCAGAGGAGAAAAUAAAGGCCAGCCGCGAAUUGGUUCCCCCCAACCUGAAAGCAGUUCCUGGGACACUGAAAAUACACCAACUGACAUCCACAAAACCAGGAGUCAUAAAUACACGGGAGGUGUCAUGCUUUUGUGGAAAAAAUUGCCAGUGCUUUUCUACAAAUUGCCACAUGUUCUCUGAGGAAAGAGAUGAGGACCCUGACAGAACAGAGGCCACCAUAGAGGUUGGACAGUGGGUCCUGGUUGAAUACGAUGGUGACUUGUUCCCUGGUACAGUCACACAGAUUGCUGAAGGGCAGUAUGAAGUCGACACCAUGAAUUGUGCAGGGGAGAACCGCUUCUAUGUACCAAGCAUCAGAUUUCCAGGAGAAAGGGUCUGGUACUAUCGUCAGGACAUACGGGACAUAAUCCCAGAACCACUUCCUGUCACCUCCUCUGCUAGACAUUUCUGCAUUUUACCUGACAUAUGGGCAAAACACAAGAAAUGCUCAUGAAUGAGUUACAGUUUAGGGAAAAGGUGAUUGGUACAGAGCAGUCAUUCCAGUUGUUUGUUCUAGUUGUUUGACCAACUCAAAUCGAGUUGCUGCUAUUCAAGUUCUUCACAUUAAAUUAUUCUCAGAAAAAGUUUGUGUGGUUCAAUGUCAGGACCAAAUUGUUUUAGCUAAACUAAAUUCUUUUUACAAGAGCACAUGAUGCUGUUAAAUUUAAAUGUUUCUCAGGACCACAUGAUGAUAUGUUACAUUGAAAUAGUUCUCAUCACAGGGUUGUAUGUUUAACUAGAAUGAUAAAAUGUAUACUAAUGGUUGUAUAAUUGUUAGUACUACAGUGUAGGCUACAUGACAUGAUUCUUAAGAAGAGCACAAGAUUGUAACUUGUUAACACAAGUCAUGGUAUUGUGAUGAUUACAAUAAAUGAGAAAAUGAAACACUGUUUAUGAAAUAAAUGUUCUUUUAAAAAUUGUAUGAGUUUUAAAUAUGUAAUAUAGGGUUAGGCAUCAAACCCCUUUGUCAACAGUCAAUGUUUGAGCUAAAUAUCAUUUCCGAAACAUUGAUCCUCAUUACCGAAAUGACAUUUUCAUUACCGCAACAUGUAUAUUUUUUACAAAUUAAGCAAUAAUUAGAUCAUCAUAAUUUGUUUUAAAAUGCAUAUACAUAUUAUACAACACUGCUUAUUUAAAGUCUGCUACAUGACAAAUGUGUAUGGUAUCUUUUAGUAAAAUAAUUAAAUAAAAGAAAUUGUAAGUCAUCGCGCAUGUUUCGGUAAUGAGAGAAAAUAAGGAAAUUACAAAAAAUAAUAAAU